CUCUCCAACCACGGACCUCGUUACAGUACAAUAACUUAUUCGGAACCGAGGUGUCUGCAUCGAGAUGGCACUGUUACCCAAAAUUGUGUCUGUGGGAGGUUCAAGAUCAUGGCUGUUACUGUGCAGAACACCGUGUUUUCAGGCAAGAAGUAUGACAAGCGGGAAGGAUACUGACAAAAAAGGUCCACAGCAGACGAAGGCUCCAGAACCAAAGUCUCCACCAAAAGAGGACAGCAGUGGAAAUACAUACAAAGUUAAAGAAUACUACACCAAUAACACAUAUUCUUUUUACAAAAUGGAACAUGACAUGGAGAAACAACGUAUUGGACAACCUAGUUCACUAAAAUGACAAGUUUAAAAAGAAACUUAUUUACACAGACAGAAACAUUUAUUGUGCAGAUGCACAAGUAGAUGGCAUUUGCGUGGCAUGUCAUGCUUAUCUGGGCUGUUGGUUUACUGCAGUUGUUUGUAGUAAAGACGGAACGUUUUGUUGUUGAAUAAAAUUUUUAUUAAGUUUUCGACUUCUAUCCAAUUGGACAGUGCGACUGUUUACAUAUAUUUAUUAAAACAUUCUUUCAAUUAGCUCAGAAUUACACUCAAUUUAUAAAAAAUAUAUUCCUGAUAAAACAACUUUAUAAAAACUUAAUGGACUAUGACUCAAAAUAAAAUGGCAAACUUA